UUCACCUGAGCCCGGCAGAUGCGGCGCAGCUGUCGGCCGGGCCGCUCGCCCCGCGCGUCUCGCCCCGCCCCGCCCCGUUACCCGCGCAAUCGCGACUAACAGUUUUAUUUUCCCGAAUAAACUUCAUCAAACAAAGCGUGCGUGCCCCGCGCCCUGCAUCUGCUCGCCCAGCUGUUCCUACUGCAGCUGACCAUGCCGUCCUGCUCUCGCGCUCCGGCCGACGCUACGAUCGAGCGAGACGGCGUGCUCUCGGUGCGAUCGCAUCGCGGCCCUUCAAUUCCCUGUGCACGGCCCAUUCGCAGUCCGUAUCCCGACGCCGGCGGGCUAACUACAACGAUGACUAGUAACCGCAGACGAGAACGGGAGACUGAAACUGACCGCAAGGUGAAGCGACAGCGACGCCGCAAGCGAUCUCGCAGCGAGCCGCUCAUGAACGACGCAGUGAGCGCCGAGAAGCGGCAGGCCCUGAUGCGACUGUUCGGCCGCUUCUGCUCCGUCGAGAUGGACUCCAACGCCGAUAACCAAGAGUUCUCGCCGGACAACCGCGACUCCGAUAACAACAGUUUCGGAGACGAGAACGAGGACCCGCUGCUGGACUCGGUGCCGGUGGACAUGGACCCCGAGCAGCUCGGCUUCCUGGUGUGCGCACAAGAGACGUUGCGCUUCCUGCACGGCCGCGGCGUACCCAUCGAGCACCCGGUGUUUGCCCGCCUGCGCUCGCGCCUGCUGCGCGGCAUCGACGAGAUGGCGGUGGCCUGAGCAUUGCUCGGCCCAGAGCCUCCCAGACCCUAAGCCAUUCCCCCUGCCCCUUCCCUGAACGUUUCCACUUUCAGUGUUGCCAAGUGUCGUUCAGUGUCUCCUAACUAUGAACUCUUCUUAUUCCCACAACCGAGGCUCUGGUGGUUUAUGAUACGCUAGUGUAAGGUACCGUUGCUAAUCAAGCAACAAGUGGCCUGUUUGGCCGUUCUAGUCGACUCUAGUCAAAGUUUACGUACGAAUUAUAUGUAACUAUUGGUUAAGCAAAUCUUCUAUUGUUAUAAUAACUACUACGAAAUAAAGUCGUCCGGUAGAAAAGUGUGUUUGAUUUGUGUCCUGGAAAAUUGAUUUAAAAUAUUGCUGUGCUGAAAACUUUUUGUAUGUCUUCAUUAAUGUAACAAUUUUAA